AUGCUUGCUUCCAGUGGCCGAGGUGGCGCCGGUAACAUGACCGAAAACUCGCCCAAAAUCACCCCAAAGGACCUCGAAACGCCAACCCUCAAGACCUCAGUCGUUACGACAGGGAGGGGAGGAUCGGGAAACAUGGCCAAGAACUCGGAUCCUUAUGAGACUCGUCUUCGCCAAGACGUUGAGGCUGUUCCCCGGCGCAACAGUGGCGGCGCAACCCACUAUGGCAGGGGGGGGGCCAACGUCUUCAAGGGUUCCCCCGAGGAAGAGGCGGCCGCUCGCAAGGCCGGGGCCGAGGGUGCGGGCGCCAUCGACGACGACGAGCAGCAGCCCGCGCUCCGCAAGAGCCCGUCCCCCGAGGACAAGGGCAACAACGGCCUUGCUGCCAAGGGCAAGCAGUGGCUCAACAACCUUACCAAGAAGGCUUGA